GGAGGAGGAGGGAGAGAGGGAGGGGGGAUGCGAGGGGAGCGCAGCGUGCAGCAGACGGAGCCCGGUCUCCCAGCGGCAAGGUGAGGAAGAGCGGCUUUCCCGGCGGACUGAAGGGGGGGGCAGAGGAAGAAAAAGAGCGAGAGAGAGGAGGAGAAGAGGAGGAGGAGAAUUAAAUCCCCAGCCACACACACACAAAGCCGCGGCGGCCAGGGCACGGGAGACGGCGGCGCGGGCGAGAUGUGGGGAGCGCCGCGCUCGCCAGCACAGGAACUUCGCCCGGAGCAAGCCAGCAACAUGGCGCUGCCAAACCCGAGCCGGCAGCCGGAAUGAGCAUCGCGGGCUGCUGCUCCCGCGCCCGCCGCUGAGCCGAGCCGAGCCGCGCCGCGCCGAGCCGCGGAGCGCCGCGCAGCCCUCCCGCGGGCACCUGCCCCGUCGGCGGAGGCCGCGCUGCCGCGCUUCGCAGCUGCGCGCCCGCCCGCACCCUUCGCCGGCCUGCCCGCGCCGGGACAAGCCGCGGCACACGCACCCGCGGAGAGCAGGGGGAGGGAGACCAGGAAACUUUUCCCGCCCCCCCCCCCCCCCCGACGGGGCUGCCCUUCCGGGGAGAGCAGCAGGGCGAGCCGACUGACGGCGCCGGGACCCGCGGCGCGGACCGCGCACGCCGCAGCUCCGCGGCGGCGGCAGGAAGAAUAUAAAACCGUGAAGAAAAGCAGCGAUUUUUAAGAAGACGUCAUGCUUUCUGCAACUCCCCUGUAUGGCAACGUUCAUAGCUGGAUGAGCAAUGAAAGGGUCCGCAUGUGUGGAAUUAAUGAAGACAGGAAAAUUCCAGUUAAUGAUGGUGAUGCACCGAAAAGCAGACUGGAGUUGAGGGACGAAAAUCACCUGAAUCACAGUGUGGUGGAUGCCACUACAGCACAUCGCAUUGACAGUCUCGCGGCUCUGAGUAUGGACAGGUCUGGACUUAUGCGAGAAGGACUCAGAGUCCCCAGUAGUAUUGUCUAUUCCAGUUUAUGUGGACUUGGCUCGGAAAAAUCACGGGAUGCUACAAGUUCUAUAGCUGGUCUUGGAUUUACUCCUGAAAGAAAUCCAGAGAUACAGUUUAAAUCUAACCCCCCUGAAGCAGUAGAAAAUGCAGCUGUCUCUGGAAAAGCCCCAAAUGGCUUCAGCGCUAUAUACAAAACACCACCUGGAAUACAAAAAAACUCUGUCCCAACAGGAGAGACGCUAGGUUUGGACAGAACCGCGAGCGACAAGCAAAGUCCUCUCAGUGUCAAUGGUGCUAGUUACCUAAGGCUCCCCUGGGUAAAUCCGUAUAUGGAGGGUGCUACACCCACUAUAUAUCCUUUUCUUGACUCACCAAACAAGUAUUCGUUGAACAUGUACAAGGCAUUGCUACCUCAGCAGUCCACUUACAGCUUACCGCAACAUCUGGCUUACUCGCCCGUGUGUACGAACGGUGAACGUUUUUUAUACCUGCCCCCCUCCCAUUACGUUACCCCCCACAUCCCCUCGUCCCUCGCAUCGCCCAUGAGGAUCUCGGCCACUUCGGCGUCCCCGGCGAUCCCGCCCUUGGUGCACUGUCCGGACAAGAGCUUGUCGUGGAAGAUGGGAGUCAGUCCCGGCAGCCCUGUUGACGCGCACGCCUAUCCGCACAUCCAGAACAGCAAACAGUCCCGAGUCUCUGCUGCGAAGACGGCUCCGACAAACAUAACGACGGACCCCGCUCUCCUGCUGUCGCAUUCGCCCCGGCCGUCCCCCCGCGUCCCUCUGCCCGCGCAGGUCGGAGACGCCUAUGCUGAGUUUCACAAACACUUUCCCCGAAUUACCACAUCUCCCUCUUCGUCAGUGACGCUCCCAAAGCCAUACAUGAAUGUAAGUAACGAGUUCCCACCUUCGAGGCUGCCUAAUGGGAAGCUUCCCAAAACAAGUGACACUGGUGAAAUCCCGCAACAAGCUAUGCCGCACGUAAGGAAAGCCGGUCAUGACCGGAAAGACAGCAGGUCGCCCCCACUCCUAGAAAAGCAGACUCCAACCAAAGAUGUUACAGACAAACCACUAGACCUGUCGGCAAAAGUUGUCGAUGCAGAAACCACCAAAUCGGACCAUAUUAAAAAAAUGACACCAACCGUGUUGGUUCACAGCAGGGCUGGAGGCGGGUCGCUCAUACCUGGAAGCGAUGUUCAGAAAGAAACUCUUCCUCCUGGAAAUGGUUGUCCCAUCUAUAGACCUGAAAUAAUCAGCACGGCAUCAUCUUCCUGGAUUGUUCCUGGCCCAAGUCCCAGUGAGGAGAACGGAAAAAACGUGCAGCUGAAAAACAAAGCGUUAGACUGGGUAAUACCGCAACAGCGAAGUUCUUCUUGCCCCAGGAUGGGUGGCACGGAGGCAGUUGUCAGCAGUAGUUCAGGGUCUGUGACGACUGGGGGUCGGCCGGCGUCCGCAUCACCCGCUCCAAAUGCUAACGCGGAUUGCACUAAGACAACCAGGAAUUCUACGGAAAGCACCGCCUCUGUCAUACAGCAUAUAGGGCAGCCUGUGGCGGCAUCGGCAAAGCAUAACAAUAAAGUGACGAAAUCCUGUAGUCAGGAAGCUAAUUUCAAAGCAAAUGAGAAUGCCCUUGCAUCGAGUCCCAUAUUUUUGCCACCAAACGAGGCGUUUCGCUCUCCACCUUUGCCCUAUCCAAGAAGUUACCUCCCGUAUCCGGUUCCGGAGGGUCUAGCUAUAAGCCCUUUAUCCCUACAUGGAAAAGGACCUGUGUAUCCUCAUCCAGUUUUAUUGCCCAACGGUAGCCUCUUCCCUGGACACCUGGCUCCCAAACCUGGCCUCCCCUACAGCCUGCCAGCGGGACGGGGGGAGUUCAUGACCUACCAAGACGCGCUGGGGAUGGGGAUGGUGCAUCCCAUGUUGUUGCAGCAUUCGGCUUUGGAGAUGAACAAGGACGAGAAAUCAGAAAGGAGGUCGAGAUCUCACGAGAGGCUCCGCUACGAGGAUCCGGCUCUGAGAAGCAGGUUGCCAGAGCUCCUUGAACCCAGCGGGAAGAUGCAUUUCGAGGUACCCAACGACAAGAACGUGAAAUUGCACCAAAGCUCCAGCCACAGUAAAAACUCUGCCAAAAGUGACAAACACCUCUUCCCAGACCUUUUGCGAGAUGAGCAAGAUGCUAAAAGUGAAGCAAAUUUAACGAAAACCGGCUUCGCUACUGAAAGCAGUAAUCAGACUAAUGACCCUACAAAGCACAAGGUAGAGCAAGCGUCUCAGCACAGGGAUUUUAUUGUAAUGAGAGAGGAGUUUGGAAGAAAUAAUGAUCUUCACGAAACCUAUAAUUUUAAGCAAGCCCAGAGUUCAUCAGUGUUCAGCUUAAGGAAAGAAGAUUUAUCUGUAAGCCAAAAUAAAGAGAGAGUAACAGUUCAGCCUUCUUCUGUUUUCUUGGAAACUGCUCAUGAGAACGAUGGCCCAGCUAUGGCUUUUGGCAAAGUGCAGGAUGAUGCAAAACAAUUCUGUAUGGGAAAUACACAGUCGAGUAUUGAAACUAAUCAGACGUAUACCAAAGAUGGGACUGAUGAUGCAGAAUCUGCUGAUGGCAAAAUAUUGAAACCCAAGCCUUCUAAACUGGCAAAAAGAAUUGCAAACUCUGCUGGUUAUGUAGGUGAUCGAUUCAAGUGUGUCACAACCGAACUGUACGCAGAUUCCAGUCAGCUCAGCCGAGAGCAGCGGGCGUUACAGAUGGAAGGAUUACAAGAGGACAGUAUUUUAUGUCUACCUGCUGCUUACUGUGAGCGUGCAAUGAUGCGCUUCUCAGAGUUGGAGAUGAAAGAGAGAGAAGGCCAAACAGCUACCAAAGACUCAGAGGUCUGCAGAUUCAGCCAGGCAGACUGGGAAAACUUGAAAGGAAACAGUGAAAAGAAGCCAAAGUCUGUCGCUCUGGAAGAUGGCAUUGCUGACCAAAAUGACAAUGACAGAUGUAACUUUACUAGUACAGAAAACAACCAAGGUCACUUUCUUGAAACUCCAGAGGAAAAAGAUCUCUCAAAUGAGAAAUGUUAUUUAGAGAGACAUUCUAUAUAUGAAAAAGCGGAAGACCAGCCAACAGAAGAUAUUGGCCAACAUCCAUGUCCACGUCUGGACAGGAAGCGUAAACACUCUGGUGAGAGAGUGCAAAACGAUGGCAGCCAGCACGAAAACUUUAUGGAUGAACUGCAGGAUGAAGUUAUAUCAAAGGCAAAAAAGAAGAAGAUCUGCAAAGAUGACUGGCCUGAGAGGGAAAUGACAAACAAUUCCUCUAACCACUUAGAAGAGCCCAAUUGUAAUGAGGUGACCAACCUGAAGGUGUGCAUUGAAUUAACAGGGCUCCAUCCCAAAAAGCAGCGUCACCUGCAGCAUCUUAGGGAACUAUGGGAGCAGCAGGUGUCACCAGAGAGAUCCCCGUCCGGCAAGUUGGGCCGGCAAAGCAGGAAAGAUUUAGCUGAGGCUGUUCAGCCAGAGGCCACUGCAAAGGUCAAAGACUUCACAGAAGAAAGGCACACCAAGAAAAGGUCAGAGGCCAAAAGCAAUAGAAGUUGGUCUGAAGAGUCCCUCAAAACAAGUGACAAUGAACAAGGCUUGCCUGUAUUCCCAGUGUCUCCGCACAUGAAGAGCCUUUCAUCCACCAAUGCAAACAGCAAAAGGCAGGCUCAGCCAAGCUGUACUCCAGCCUCGAGGUUGGCUGCCAAACAGCAGAAAAUUAAAGAAAGCCGGAAGACAGAUGGGCUGUAUACAGAUGAAGAGGAGGAUUUCCAACCUGCAUCUCUGCUGCAGAAAUACACUGAGUGCGAGAAGCCAUCAGGGAAACGUCAGUGUAAAACAAAACACUUGGCACUGCAGGAGAGGAGAAGGAGGUCAUCUCUGACAGGGGAUGACACCACAGAUAUCGAAAAUGCUGAAGAUAAGGUCAUGGUAGUGCGGAAAGUCAGGAAGCGACCGGAGCCUACUUCGGACUGCGACUCCUCGCCAGCCAAGUUGUAUGAGCAGAAGCUGUACGAGCGCCUGCAGCAGACUCCCUCGUUGCUGCCUGUCCACCAGCCCGCGCUGCUGCCGCUGGCCAGCCCCCCUCCGGAGAGCACCCCCAGCCGCCCCAUGCCACCCGAAGCACGGAGACUCAUCGUCAAUAAGAACGCGGGGGAAACGCUCCUGCAAAGGGCAGCCCGCCUGGGGUAUGAGGAAGUGGUUCUGUAUUGUUUGGAAAACAAGGUCUGCGAUGUAAAUCAUCGUGACAACGCCGGUUAUUGUGCCCUGCACGAGGCCUGCGCCAGAGGCUGGCUGAGCAUCGUGCGACACCUCCUCGAGUACGGGGCUGACGUGAACUGCAGCGCGCAGGAUGGGACCAGACCAAUCCAUGAUGCAGUAGAAAACGACCAUUUAGAAAUUGUCCGCUUAUUGCUGUCCUAUGGUGCUGAUCCAACGCUUGCUACGUACUCUGGGAGAACCAUUGUGAAGAUGACCCACAGCGAGCUCAUGGAAACGUUUCUCACAGAGUAUUUAACUGACCUGCAAGGUCGAAGUGUUGAUGACCCUGGUGUGUACUGGGAUUUCUAUGGCAGCUCUGUGUGCGAUCCAAAAGAUGAAUCUGGAUUUGACAUCUUGGCAAAUCCUCCUGGCCCAAGUGAUGAAGACGACGACGGCUUUAGCGAUGUGUUUGAAUUUGAAUUUUCAGAUGAGCCUCCCUUGCCGUGUUACAACAUUCAAGUGUGUCUCUCUCAGGGACCACGAAACUGGCUUUUGCUCUCAGACGUGGUGAAGAGGCUAAAAAUGUCAUCUCGCAUCUUCCGUUGCAACUUCCCUAAUCUGGAAGUUGUCACAAUCACAGAGGCAGAGUUUUACAAACAGACUUCUCUAAGUCAGCUGUUCUCUUGUGCUAAGGACCUCGAAGCUUUCAACCCCGAAAGCAAAGAACUGUUGGACUUGGUAGAAUUUACAAGUGAACUCAAGACUUUGCUCGGCUCCUCGCUUCACUGGUUGCAUCCACAUGAGGACCCUCCCUUCGAUAUCCUUUGGUGAACCAUCAGGCCGUUUAAUGUACAGUACUAUAUACAGUUACUUCUUUAUGUAUAUGUGUUCAAACACGAUUGUUUCUGUAAAGAAAGGACACUAUUAAAUAUGAAAAUAUCUUUCCUUUAUAUAAGAGAUCUGAAUUCCAGUUGGAUGGAUUUUGGAAGAAUUUUUUUUUAACUUCAAUCAGUUUUUACAAAAUUGUUAUAUAAUGUUUCUUUAAAUGCACACAGGCUUUGGGAUAAGUUUGUUAUUACUUGGAACACAUUUUUUUUUUUUUUAAAGAACACACCCACACAUUGACUUUGUUUCAUACAAAGCACUGAUUACACAGAACAUACUUUUUAUAGGUGAUGUGAUCAAAGUCAUGUGGCUUGUUUGGGAGAUAGAAUUUGGUAAGGCACUUCGUGAUAUUAUUUUUGUUUUUUGUUUACAGAAUUACCUGCUUUGGCCAGGUAAGCACUAUUGAAUAUAAUUCAAUAGUUUGUAAUAUAAAUUAAACCAUAUCCAUAUGCAUCAACUAAUUGUAAGAACUUUUAUAUCCUAAUUUAAAAGCUGUGAAAUUUAGUUUUCACACAUCAAACCGGAUUGUUUAUAUAUGUUUAAACAUUUUAUGCUCUUUAUUUAAAGAAGACUUUGAACUAUUUUUUCUGUACCUUGUAAAAUAUUGAAAAACUAACAUAUGUUGAAGUUGCUUGAAACUGUACAUAAACUAAAUUUUCUGAAUUGUGUGUUUAUGUUUGAGAUCUGUGUUUUAACUUUGUAAGUAAAUCUCCUGCCUUUGUAUUUAUAUUUUACAAAAAUUUUCUUAAAGGCAAUAAAACUGUUGAGAAAUGAA